GGACAACAUGGAUGCCAAAUGUUGGGAAAAUGCGAUUUCGUACACGAAUUUCAAAUUCUCAUGUUAAUUUUUUGUUGUUAUUAGUGAUGUCAGUGACUAAAGACGAAUGAAACAUGGCUGGCUGGUUCUCUGCUCCAUAGAGAAUCUGUUGAUAACCUCACUGACUGACACUGCUGAGCCGUUAACCCUGGGGUCGUUCAAGCAUCAUGGCACAGACGGACGGUGACUCUGCUCCCGCUGGUGUUAAUACUUCACCCCAUGAAGAAGAAUUUGAACCAGAAGACGGGUUAUCUCCUCUACAUGUCCCGGGACAGUCCAAAACCUCCUCAGCCCGGGUUUUAACCCCUGAGGAGCUGGACAGACUGAGCAGUGACAGAGCUCUGGUGUCAGAGUUCAAACAGAUGAAGUUAGAGAAGGAGGCUCAGAAAAACUGGGAUUUAUUUUAUAAGAGAAACACCACUAACUUCUUCAAGGACAGACACUGGACCACCAGAGAGUUUGAGGAGCUCAAAGCAUGCAGGGAGUUUGAGUCCCAGAAGCUCGUGCUGCUGGAGGCCGGCUGUGGUGUUGGAAACUGCAUCUUCCCUCUGCUGGAGGAUGACCUCAACAUCUUUGUCUAUGCCUGUGACUUCUCCCCACGAGCUGUGGAAUUUGUCAAAAAAAACCCUCUGUACUGCCCUGAGCGCUGCAGUGCCUUCCAGUGUGAUCUGACCAAAGAUGAUCUGAGGGAGAACAUUCUGGAGGGCAGCGUGGACGUCGUCACUCUAAUCUUUGUCCUGUCUGCUGUCCAUCCUGACAAGAUGAAGCUGGCUCUGCAGAACAUCUGCAGGGUGCUGAAGCCUGGCGGUAUUGUCCUGUUCAGAGACUACGGCCUCUACGAUCACGCCAUGCUGCGAUUUAAAGCCGGCAGUAAGCUGGGGGAAAACUUCUACGUCCGCCAAGAUGGUACCAGAUCCUACUUCUUCUCUAAAGAGUUACUUGCUGAGCUCUUCGAGGAGACGGGGUUCCAGUGUGUCUCCAAUGACUACGUCCUGAGAGAGACAGUCAACAAGAAGGAGGGGCUGUGUGUCCCCAGAGUGUUCCUGCAGAGCAAAUUCACUAAACCCAGCCAAUUACAGAGCUCCUGAUGCCAGUUUACUAAAGACACUGAAGACUGAAAUGUCUGAUCGGCAGUGGAUACUAACAUGGUGAAAUGUCACAGACUGGGGCUUGUGCCUUAGACACCACAGUGUUUGGAUCCUUUACAUGGAGAAACCAGAGGCUGAGGUGGAUAAAUACUGCUGCCUCACAUAAAUCAACAGCUGUUUUUGCUCUUUCAUCAAAAGAUGCAAAAAGUGUGAGUCCUGGGGGCUUUAUAUUUAGAAAAAUGUGGAAUUGUAUGAUGAUAAGGCAACGAUUAACAACAUGAACAUUAGUUAACAAGAGGUUAUUUUGGAGCUGAAUGAAGAGGACAUUGGUCGGUGUUUUUUAUACGUUUUUACACGUUUGUAUGGACUUAAUCACACUUUAACAAACUUCUACAGUUCACCCUAAAUUUUUAAGCUUUUCAUCAUGUGAAUAACCUGCUGGUUUAACUGAAAAUAAUUUGUCUUGAUAUUUAAAGGCAAUUGCAUUUUCUUAAGCUGUGCCAUAUUUUUAAUAAGGAUAACAAAUACACAAUAAGCAGCUUUUCUCAAUUGGGAGAAAGUUUUAAAAUUAUGGAAAUAUUUUUGAAUUUGAGAAUUUGUUUUAAAAAUCUGUACGAAUUAUUUUUCAGAUUUUUAUUCUAGCAUCUGUACAAGACUCUACAAGACUGUGUCUUGACAUUUGAUUUUUUAUUUUUGCUUUGAAACUGUUCAUAAAAAGAUGAUGAAAUUCAUUUCCAUUAUCACAGUUUGAUCUUAAAUUAAGCCAUCUAUAAAUCAAAGGUUAUGAUAAUC